UUUUUUUUAAAUUCCCCGUCACCACAGUCGGUGACUCAACGGUGACUUCUUCUCUAAUCGCUAGACCUAUUUCUAGGCCCCUCCUUUGUAGCUGAGUGUGCAGUUAACAAAUUUGAGCAGAAAUGACUCAAAUCAAUCUACCGUUCGAAGUGGGUCACACCAUCGAAGCAAGAUCUUUCGAAUUGGGUUUCCGUGGAGCAUGGUUUCGGUGCAAGAUUACGAAGAUAUUCAACAAAGGGAGAGCUUUAUUCUACGAUUUGGAAUAUCUUGAUUUCACAGAAGAAGGAAUACACACAACAAAAGUAUUCCAAAAACGCCAAGGCGAGGACGAGACUACCCUAAUGGUUCGACCCAUACGUCCACGUCACCAAAGUGAAGUCCUUGACGAGGAAGAAGAAGAAGAAGAAGUUGUUGUUGUUAACGGUGUUUGGAAGGUGGGAGACUUGGUGGAUUGGUGGAAAGACGAUUGCUAUUGGUCUGGGACGGUUCAAGAAGUGAGAGAAGAAGAUGAAUCGGCUAAGAUUGAGUUGUUGCCUGAACCGUAUGGAGAAGGAAAAAGCUACGAUGCUGUGUUUAAGGAUUUGCGUCCUUCGUUGGAAUGGUCACUCGAAGAUGGAUGGAUUGUCCCUUUCUCUAAGGAUGGGGAAAAGAGGCAGUGUGCUAAGCUAAUGAAACUUCCAAAUGAAGGAGCUGAAGAAACUAGAGAAGAAGAAAAGGUGAAACCUACAAAGAAGUUAGUAGGAGAUGAGGAGGAUCUAGCGUUGAAUAUCAUGGAAUCAGAGUCUAUUGAAGCUGCUGUGAUGGACUUGGAAGAGAUAGUUGUUCGAAUAGAGUGGAUUAAAGGAAUGUUGUCGCUAAAUUCAGAAAAUUCAACCUGGAUAUAUCAGGAUUAUCAUCCGUCCUCACAAUGUGACAGGUAAGAUAGAUUUUUAACUUUUGCCAUGAUCACCAUUUCUGAUGGAUUCUAAAGAAAGGCAGUCCUUGGGUGGAGGAGGAGUAGAGUAAAAGAUGUAAAUGUGGAUCAUACCUGACACGUUUAGUGAAAUUGAAAACGGAACAUGACUCUGUUUCUUAGUUGUCUUUAAUUUAAGUAUUUUGGUUUCCCCUGUUUUUUUUUUUGUUUGUUGAUAUACUUCGCAGCUAUUUCCUUGUAUUUUACCUCGAACCUACUUUUGGUUGUCUGGGAAUUAAUCAAACGAAAGCCUCUUAGAUGGAUCCUUGGAUCCUCUGCAGACGAGUUUUUAAA